AUGCUCCAACUGAAGCCUGUGAUGCAUCAACCCUUAGAGAAGAAGGGACCUGCUGAGAGGGGAGUGAAUGAGCAGAAGACUCAGCCUGAGAAAGCAGGAUUCUCCUCUGUGUCUCACAGUGGGAAAUAUUCCUUGAUCCAGGAUCAGGCUCGAGAGUUGACCCACCUGCGGGAAAAGAUGAGGAUUGGGAGGGCUGUCUCUUCCCUUCUCAUCCAGCAUGUCAAGAACACAGUGAAGACCUUUGAAGAGCUCCUCAGCAGUAAUAAGAUUGACUGCUACAUGGAGCAGCAUUUCCGUGAGCAGCUGGCCAAGGGCAGCCAGCUGGCAGAGAGCCUUGCCAGCAAGUUCAACACAGAUGACUGUAUAAGUAAGAAGAAUCAAAGAGAACAGGUGCUGCGGGACCUCAGUAUCUUAAGGGAGUUGCAGAAGAAGGGUAAAAUGACAGAAGUCCUAGAGACCAAGCAGGAUGCCCGGCCCCAGACUAGGCCCCAGACCCACUCCAGCAGCCAUGCCCAGUCCGCUGCCCAUCGCUCCCCUAGCAGCACCUCUCCGCUGUUUGAUGAACAGGAAGUGCGCCCUGCAGUGGAUGUGGCCAAUGAGAGCCCAGCCACUCCUGCUGAUUCAGGUUCAUUGCCCAGCAACCAUUCAGAAGCCAUGUCUGCUCAGCCCUUCUAUCCUUUGAGUGGCACCACACAACUGAGUGGGACACCAGACCCUGGGCUUCACGGCAGCAGUGGCCCAUGGGACGAGAUGAGGCCUCAGAAGAUGAAUGCAUCUGGGAACCUAUCCUCCUUCUCCUCUUUAUACCAGCCCAACUCCAAGCCCUCUGGGGCCGACCUGCUGGAAAAGAAUCUUGUUGAGAUCCAGAACCUGCGCCAGCGCCUGGAGGAAUCCAUAUUCAUCAAUGACCGCCUGCGGGAGAGGCUGGAAUAUGUGCUCAGCAAAGCUCACCAAGGAAAAAGAACUGCACAGCCAGCUCCAGAUAUCUCCCUUGCAACCCCUCGUUCAUACAUUGAGAGUCACUAUUCUGGCUCUGGUAAGGACAUCUUGUGACAUGACAGCAGGAGGG